AUGGAAUUCCUCGGAGCCACCCAGACAGCCACCUACUGUGGCCCCAAGAAAAGCUGCCUUCUUCCAGAAGUGGCACCCACCAGUAUCAGCCAGGACAGCUACCAGUCUUAUUACCUGCCAGGUUACCGCUAUCUGAGCUCCUGGAGACCCAGCUUGUUCUACAAAGUGUCUUCGUUCCGUCCCAAUGAUGACGGGCAGGGGGGUGGGCAUCUCAGUGCUCCACUACGGCCCCCCACCAUAUUGCCCUCGAUGCGAACCUCCUUGUAUGCCCGCUACAGUCCCCAUGACUGGUUCAAUGCCAACCAAGUCCAGUUCAGAGGGUCAGAGGCAUACCGUCACUGGGCCGGCAGGUUGAAUGCCGACUCGGUGCGCCUGAUGCAAGAUAAGGAGCAGCUGACUCGGCAGCAGCAGGAGGAUUCUGGGAAGAACCUGGGGCAGAGGAUGGCUGAUAUAGACUUCUGGCGGUCUGAGCUGCAGUAUGAGCUGGAACGGCUGUUGACGGAAACCCGUGCUCUGGACACAGCCAAGAGACGCCUGGAGUGUGCAGCAGAUGAAGCUCAGGGUCCGCUGCAGGUGGCUUUGGAGUGCUUAUACUGUAGAGAGAAGCGCAUGGGGAUCGACCUAGUUCAUGAUGACGUGGAAAAGAAUCUUAUACAGGAAGUUGAUCUGAUUAGAACAUGCCAAGAGAAAAUGAGAAAACUGGCAGAGAGAAUUGAUCAGCAGUUAAACAUUAACCGAGAUGCCCAGCACGCCCUUGAGAGGGACCUUGGAGACAAAAACUCUGCCCAUUUCAUCGAUGAGAAGUGCUAUAACCUGAGGAACACGUCUGACAGCAUUAACUACUACCACGGAGUGGAAAAAAUUGAUGGGACAGUCUCGGUCCCUGAAACGUGGGCAAAGUUCAGCGAUGACAACAUCAGGUAUUCCCAGAACGCACGAUCCAACUCGACCAUCCUCCGUGAUGAAACAGAACAUACCCUGGAGAGAGCCUCUGAGGAUAUGUGGCAGCAGUAUACAGACACCAACUUGGCUUUCAACAGGCGCAUCUCAGAAGUUGCUGAGGCUAAGAACAAGCUGCAGGCACAGCUGGCAAAGACACUACAAGAAAUAUUUCAGACAGAAAAUACUAUCAUGUUGUUGGAAAGAGCUAUAAUGGCUAAAGAAUGCCCACUCAAAGUGGUCCAGACUCGCCUGGAAGCGAGAACAUGGCGGCCCAACAUGGAGCUAUGCCGGGAUGUCCCCCAGUUCAAGCUGGUAAAUGAAGUGUUCACUAUCGACGACACCCUGCAGACCCUGAAGCUGCGCCUGCGGGAGGCCCAGGACACUCUCCAGCUUCUCAUCCUCAACAAGGCCCGUCUGGAGCACGACCUCUUGGUGAAGGCCAACUCCCUCUUCAUCGACAAGGAGAAGUGCAUGGGGAUGCGCAAGACCUUCCCCAGCACUCCCCGCCUGGUGGGCUACACCUAA